AGCUUCAUUAUCACGUAUCAUCACGUUAUUACUCUGCAGACAAUGUUUUAAAAAUAUUAUUAGGAACAUUAGUAUCAUCUUGUCAUGCCAUUCAGAAAAUAGAUUGAUAUUCACGAUAAAAAUAUUAGGGUUCAGUUAUUAACGUUGUCUUGAAAGUAUUUUGUUGUCAAGGUGAUGUGACAUUUUCAGUUGUGUCGGUGUCUACCUGUAUCAUACGUCUCUUACUCGUCGUCGUCAUCCGUCUCUUCUUCGUCACCAUCAUCUUCAUCCUCAUCAUGAUACUGGAAUAAACCUUCGAAUUGUGAACCAUGCCUGGCUAACACUCUCUUUACGGCUUUCCGAAAAUCCAUGCCAUUUUCUAAUCUGUCUUUGAGAUCGGACAUAAUUUCAUGAUUGAUAUCGGUUUCACCGAGGUACACGUUGAAUUCUUUUAGUACAAACACGUUAGUAUCUCCAUGCUCUGGCUCUGGCAUAUGGACAAAGACUGUAUAAUAAGUGUAAAAUGAGGUAAUGGUAGUGACAUCACCAGAUCACGUAAAUGUUUUUAAGUUGUUAGGAUUCUACCCAGUAAAACACAUGAAGAGCAGAUACUGGGGGCAUUAUUUGUUCCACAGAUGGAAACAUGUAUUAUCAGCAAUUGUUUUUUUUCCGGAGUUUCGCAUUUUAUUCAAGAUCAAGUACAAAUAAACAAAUUCCUACAAUAACAAUGACAAAAAUGAAUACAUUUUGUGUGACAAUCGAAAAAAAAAAUUAUACAUAAGACUCAAAACUGUAUUAUAAAUAAAGCAUAUGUUUAAUAGUAAUUUGGAUAAAAAUGCAGGGGCCAGCUAUAAAAUAAGCAGGAAUUUUCUUGAGACAAUAGCAGGAGGGAGGGCUACAUGGGAACCGUAAUGGAAUAUUGAUAAAAUUAUGUCACGAAAAAGAAAGUAUUACAAUUUAGAAACUUCGUUGGGGGAGAUAGAGAAUUCAAAACUAAAUCAAUGUUAUCAUGUUUGUUCAGAAUCGUGAUAAUUUAUAAGAACAUGCAGUCAUAUACGUCCCUUGUUGACAACUAUAAUAGGCUGAAAACGUAGCCUAGACUGCCUAGUGAGCAAUCAAUUUUUGCUGAAAUCAUUUAUUUAAUAGCAGAGACAUAGUGAAGAUGACUAUAUCUUAUUUUGCAGAUUUAAUAUCAUGCACAAUGCAGGAAACAUCAACAAACUGGGCAUAUCGUUUACACACAUUAGCUAUAUGGGGGAAAACAGGCCAAAAAUGCACCAUGUUGAAAGGGGGGCUGAAACCAGUCUCUAGGUCAAUUCAAAUUACUGAAAUAUUUUCUAUAUUCUCUAAAGUAGAAAUAUAGACAAAGAGAAUUAUAUUAUGCUUGACUAGAAAGCACUAUAUUUGAACAAAAUAUUAUGAAAGUUUUAUUAAAAAAAAAAAAAAAAAAAAACAAGCAUAGUUUAGUUGAGAUAGUCUCUCUUGACUUCAUGGUAUGUGUAGAAUGUCUAAAAAUUGUGAAUAGGGGCCAUUCUGUAGUGACGUCAUAUAUUAUGUUAUUUCGACGGGAAGACCACGGAUAAAACCCGGCAGCAAAACAUUUUUGUAAACUUCAGGGCCCAUGCAAUCCAGCUAUGGGGUCAUUUGCUUGUCCGGCUUUCGGUUUAAUAAAUCGUCUGGGCUGCCGGAUUAUAUACUAACAAAAAUCUGCUCUGAUUUCAAAUCCCCCCCCCCCUUACGAAAUCAUAGACCCUCCCCGAGCCUCAGCACCACUUUUUUCAAGUAAACGUUUACAAUAAAGCAAAUAUCUUGUCAUGUGAUUUUUCGCUUGGCCAUGAUCACCCCUCCCCUUUCAAAACCCAAUAUGCAGUGUUUAUUAGGAUGUGACAUAUUCUUAUGGGUUCAUCUCAUCGGAGUUUUCAUUCACAUUUCCUCAACGGUUUGUUUCAUAUCAUAACGAUAAUGAAAAUUAUUUUGAUAGAUUGAGUGACAAAACAAGUGAAGCUUUGAAAUAGAAUAUGAAAGUACGUUUUUCAAGUAUUGAUGAAUUAAGUUUAUAAUCACGAACUACUAAUCAAUUUUGAUUAAUCUAUUUGCAGUAAUUAGUGUUAAUGACAUGAGUGAUGCCGUAUUUAUCUUUUGUUGCAGCGUUUUAUACAAUUAUUGUCAAUUUGUUCAAGUAAAUUACUUUAUAUAUGUGAAAUUAAUAUUUCAGCAGGUUAAAAACAAAACUGAAUCAUUCCCAUUAAUAACAAUUAUAAAUGACAAAAAUCUUCUAUAUUGAGCAACCAUUGGAUGUCAAGAGUUUACUUCAAGUGCUAUGCUCCCUAUCAUAAAAUGUUAGGCCGACGAUACAAGUGAAUCUGUAUCUAGUUUCCUUUAUGUAAAAACCGACAUUGAAAGAUAAUAGGUCUAUACUGUUUGACAAACAUGACAAGAGUAUUGUUUUAUUCAGAUGCAAUGCAAGAAGGAGAGAUCGUAACAUCAUGUCAAAUUCAUCUGGAUUUUACUCCUCGUUCUUUGUAAAUCUCAUCAUCAUUUCCUCAAUACUAUAUGUGCAUGGAAUUGUUAGAGAUGAGAUAAACCCGUCUUUCGCAUACACAAAUAAGCCAUUUCAUGGAUGUGACAUUGAAAAGGAGGUAGCUUUGUGCAAUGAUCAACAACUAAAUGACGUUCCCCAAGACCUUCCCCAGGACAUCGAGUGGCUUGACCUGUCUCUGAAUCAUAUCACAGUUCUCUUAAACUCUUCAUUUACUGCAUACCCGAUAAUCAAUACCUUGGAUAUUUAUAAAAAUAAUCUCAGGCUUUUAGAAUCUGCCACUUUUUAUCCCUUAAAGUUCUUGAGAUGGCUGGAUCUCUCAAAUAACAAUCAUCUUGUAUUACCAGUGACAGACAUCUUGGAGAUGUCUCUACAGCUUUCCGUUCUUCAUCUAGAGAUCUUGAAUUUAACAUCAAUCCAAAGCGACACAUUGAAGUCAAUCACACAUAUACGUGAAUUAUAUCUGUCAGAUAACACUCUUUCUUCCAUCAAAAUUAGUUUUUGUACCAAGGUUGACGUAGUGGAUAUGUCCAAUAACAAAAUACACCGCCUUACUCCUGAAAAUUUCACACUCACUUGCAUUUAUUUGUGUCAUAAAGAUGUUCUAGAUCUUGUCGGAAAUCCUAUAGAAUUCGUAAACCCUGAGGUGAUCGCAUCACUCCAAGUUCGAUUAUUGAGAAUCGGUGGAUACCAUUUGAGUAACGAGAUACUAGCGAAUAUUUCCCUCGGAAUCUCAAAAUCAGACAUCGAAGAGCUCACAAUUCUGAGUGGAUUUAUUGGGGAGUUUCCUAAAGUUUCAUUUGAUCCACUGCAUGACUCUUCUCUCUUGGCUUUGACCUUCAAUCAAAAUGGGCUGGAGAACUUUCGUCCUCUCGUCUUCUCGAAUUUGACAAGGCUCAAACGAUUUAGUAUCCAUGAGAACUAUUUCCCCAUCGAGAAAGUUCAACCGAAUUUUUUUUAUGGCAUGGAGGCGUUGGAGAAACUAGAUAUCGUAACUAACCGUGUAAGCCAGAUAAAUUCUGAAAACCAGACUUGGACAUUGAACAUAACACAUUUUAACUUAAGACAAAAUAUGUUAAGAAAAAUAACCGAAUCCACAUUUCGUGGUUUAAGAAAUUUAGCCAUCUUAAACAAAAGCUACAAUGAUCACCUUGUUGCCUUAGAGCUGACAGCCUUUUCAGGACUUGACAACAUCCAAACGAUUGAUCUGUCCUUAACCAGUAUAAAUGUUCUUGAUCUGAAGAUCCCAACGCUAAGAUCACUAUGCCUGAAUGGUUUGUCCGAUUUAUGGUUGCGAUAUGGAAAAUCAUCACCUUUUCAGCAUCUACAUUCUCUCGUUUAUUUGAGCCUGGUGAAUUCUAACAUUAGCCCCAUUUUCUUGUUUGACGAGCUAACAAACGCAUCUCUCUUUGAUGGACUAUUGAAUCUUCAUUAUUUAGACCUGAGUAAAAAUGAUCUUUUUACUAUAUUUGUAUAUUAUGGGAUGUUCUGGCAACUCACUCAUUUGAAUGAGCUAAAGCUAGACUCAUGCCAAAUUAAUAUGUUACAUCCCCUUUUAUUUUCAAUGUUGGAAUCGCUUCAGAAAUUGAGUUUGAAAAGAAACCAAAUCAGACAAUUUGAUGGUGCCUUUUUUAUGUUGAGUGAAAUAAGGACUAUCAACUUGGAAGGCAAUCGAAUAUAUCAUUUAGACAAUACCCUGUUCGCAAACAACGAGAAACUUUUAAAUCUCUCAUUGGCUUACAACGAAUUAACAAGCCUCAGUGAAAGUACUUUUAAGCCGUUCCUUUCCUCACUUUUGUCAAUUGAUCUGUCAGGUAACCAAAUUGUUUGUAAUUGCGAUCUAAAAUGGCUGAUCUAUUUGUUAAUUAAGCAAGUUGUCUUGGAAAAUGAAGAAUUUACUUUCUGUUCACCAGCCUCUCUUGGGCCUAUCCGUCGAAAGUCUAUUCAGGAUUUUGAUCCAGAUGAGCUAUGUGGUUAUAGCGUUCUCGUUUCCUCGAUUUCACUUUGCCUCAUUUGUUUGCUUUUUAUCGCUGGAGUCGUUUAUCACUAUCGAUGGCAGUUCAAGUUUCGACUCUUUCUUUUGAAUUUGGCUGUACUUGGAUACAAGGAGAUGCGAGACGCCAGGGAUCAGAACGACUAUAAAUAUGACAUUAACAUAAUGUUUUAUGACGACGACGAAGAGUGGAUUCAAGAGCAUCUUCGACCUGCUCUCCAAGAACACCUUCCACAGUUCCAGAGGAACGUCUUUGGUGACGAAGGCCUUGUCCUUGGUAUGCAUUACUUAGAUGCUGUGGAUCAUGCGGUGACCCAUAGUUACAAGACCAUCAUCGUACUCAGUAGAGCUGCUGUGAGAGACCACUGGUUCAUUCUCAAGUUUCGUACUGCCAUGGAUCACGUGAGUGAUACUCUGAUUGAAUUCGUACUGGCGAUUUUCCUUGAAGACAUCCCAGAUGAUGAAAUGCCUUUCUUGGUGAGGUUGUAUCUAAGUGAUGGCAGACCGUAUAUCAACUGGACAGAUGAUGUAAGAGGACAUGAAUAUUUCUGGAAUGAACUGUCCAAGAGACUGACCUUCAAUCUAAGGACGAAUGAUAUGAUCCCAAAUGAGUAGCAUUCAGAUUUAAAAUCACAUUUAUGACUUAUAUACAUCACUCACUCUACGGAAAACAGGUCCAACUUUACACAUUUACCAAUGUCACACUGGAAACACCUUUAAAGGCGCCCCACAUUCUGAAAGGUGUACAUUCGCAAUUCUGGGAGGUAUACUGUAGGUGCAGAAUUACACCUUCAACGGUUCUCCGACUGUGAUAUUGAUUUCAUAAGUACCAAAGUUGCGAAGUUGAAGCUUCUUUUUGUUAGAGUGUUGAAUUGUCCAGAUUGCAUUCUAAUGGGUAUAAAAGAGGAGUAUGAUCAUAAAUAUUACACUUACAACGAUUGAUGAUUUUGAUAAUAAUUAUAUAGUUUCAUUGUAAAGAAAUGCAUGUUAAAGUAAGGCAAUCAUUUGUGGUUUUAGAUAAAACGACUAUAAUGCGCCAGAGCGCCUGCAGGCAGCAUGGCGCCAUGCAGCUGGGGUAAUAACAUUAUUGUAAUGCGCAGUUGAUUAUGUAUAUAAAUUGCGCAAUAUAAAUGUACAAUUGUUAUUAUCAUUAUUAGAUGUACUAUUGGAAUACGAUUUACUACACCUAAAAGAAAAUCAGAUUAUAACCAUCAUUUAGGCUAUACGUGGCCUGUAUAGUAAACUAUAAUAUUAGUAUAUAUUUGUCGCUAUUUGGACUAAAGUGCUUCUUGAUUUAGAAUUAGGCACGGCGUUGUAACAUUUUUUUAUAUAUAAAGACGAAAUCUAUAAAAUAAAAUAAUUUUAACUGAGUUUAAUCUAUUGAAAAGAAUAAAGAUGAAAAGUAUUUGGUUGGCGUUUGUGCCAUUGGGGUGCGUAGGGAGGCAGCGACCUAUCCACGGGGGAUUAGUCUAUUGUUACUGGGGUGCUGAGCAUUGUCACAGCACCCCCAGUAACAAUAGAUAAUCCUCCGUGGCCAGGUCCAUGUAGGGAGGCAUGGAAAGUUCGGCCCCUGUGCCUUUUUUUUUUCAAGUAGUGAAAACAAAAUAUGGUAGAACCCCUUUGUUUGGCUACAAGCAGAAAUCAAAAGGAUAAUACGAAAAUACAUUUA